AGGUCAAGCAUCCUUUGGGGAUUCUGCCCAGUCAGUAAUCGGAUUACAGUUAAAACCUUUUGAAUUUAAUUUGCCCCGGCAGCCUGCGCGUGGCACGGGAUUCCACGUCAACAAGCGGUUGCCAGGUGAAGGCAGACAAGCCAGACAGUUCCACAGCAUCCAGCACCUCACAGGCUAAUAGCCUACUAAUUCAGAGAUUUGAUAAAACCAUUGUAGAACCGAAUCAACUAUUAUUGACAAGGUGAGAUGAUAAGGAAUUUAUUUGGAGCCUUGACCGAGCCUAUAUAUUUGUUAUUGAUAAAAUGCCGACCACAAGGGUUAUCAAGCAAAAACCUGUUAUUGAAACGAAAACAAGAGUCGUCGAAGUGAAAACAAAACCGGUUGAAACGAAACCAGCAUCGACAACUCAACACAAAGUCACAGCUCCUCGCAAACCGCGGGCGUCGAGCUGUCCCAGAUGUAUCCAUAGCGACCGAUGCGAGACCACGAAGACCCAGCAGCAGGUCAAGCUGUGCGCUCCCAGGUGCGAUAGGAGAGCGAGAUCAACCUCCACCGCUCCCAAAUCAACACUCUCCUCUUCGAAAUCAGCUGUGCUCUGUCAAAAACCAACAGCCACGUCUCCAAAAUCAACUGUAACUUCUUCAAAGUCUAAAGAAGCAUCUCAGGCGAGGCAGGAAGAGGAACGGACUUCGAGACCCAGGGCGCACUAUGCAAUUCAGAGUCACAAAGCUUUCACGGUCAUCCCUCCUAACCCCAAGAAAAGAAUAGAGAUCCAGCAAAAGGCGGAGGCAGAGCUGGCAGCUUUGGAGGAUCUGAGGCUGAGCAGAGCUACACCCUAUGUCUCCAUUGACCCCAGCAGUGUUGGUGGGAGUCUGAGUCUGGAGGAGGUGCGGCUAAAGCAGCAGCAGGAAAUGCAGACCAGGAGGAAGCAGAGACAGAUGAAGAAAUAUAUGUUUGAGACGUCACCCGUGGUGUUGGGAUGAAGACUGAGCCACAGAGAGACAGGAAGCUGAAGUUAUCAUUAAAAUACAGACGCAUCGUCAUCAUGUGAAUGAUGCUUGUUGCCUGUAUGUCUAAGUCCAGCACUGGGAUCACACAUUGUCUAAGUCCAGCACUGGGAUCACACAUUGUCUAAGUCCAGCAUUGGGAUCAAUGUCUACAAUGUUUCAGUGUCACACUGUAUUAUUUUAUAUUUUGUACCAAAUAGAUUUCAUGUUAGUUUCAUUUAGUAAAAAAAAAAUAUUGUUAAGUGGGCUACAAAGGUUUUACUUCCAUCCCUCUGUUUAAUAAGUAUCACAAUGAACUGUACAAAUGGCUGUUGUUCAUAUAAACAAAAUGGCUGCAGAACAUUGUACUCCUUCUCUUUACCCUCGUUGUUCAUGCUUUCUCUCCCUUUCUAUGUUUAUAAAGUAACACGUGAAUAAAACCCUCCUAUGGAAUA